UAAAUAUUGGAUACACCAGUGAACAUGGAAGGAUCCUAUGCCUGUGGAGCUCACGGUCUCAUUGGAGGGCGUAGUUCCAUGUCAUGUGGAAUGGACAAUAGACACGUUAUCCAAGAUGGAACCAGUAUUUGUUGCCAUCACAGUCCCCUUCCUGGCCUGGAGGCCCUCCUCAUUCCCACUCAAGCCAUGACAUCCUGUGCUAGUUUUGCGACGACAACAACAAUGGCGGCCACCAGUGGCAGAUUUGAAAGCGAGAGGAGUAUCGAAGAACGGAGAGAACAGACCAGGAUUGCCAGGGCCGAGGUGUUGCGCCAGGCUAAAGCCAAUUUUGAAAAGGAAGAACAACGUAAGGAACUUAAACGACUCCGGGGUGAGGAUGCAUGGAUGCUGCCUGAUGUGAAUGAGCGGAUCGAACAGCUCGCACAGGAACACUCUGUAAAGAAAAAGAAGAAAAAAGACAAGCACUCAAAAAAAGUAAAGAAAGAGAAGAAAAAAAAGAGUAAGAAACAGAAGUAUGAAAAAAGCAACGACUCAACUGAUAGUUCAUCGAGCUCUGAAGACGAGUGGGUUGAGGCUGCCCCGUGCCAGGCGCCUGACACAGAGAAGGCCUGGAAAGUGAAAGAUGAAAACUCGGAAAGAGAAGGCAACCGGGUUGUUCAGAGAGAUGAGUGGAUGACUGUUGAUUUUAUGUCUGUUAAAACUAUGUCAUUGUCGUCACUCAAAGCUGCAAAGGAAACUGAGAAGAAAAUAGAGCGAGAGAAAACCCAAGCACUAGAACAGUCCAGACUGCUGGAAAGAGAAUUGAACCCAUACUGGAAAGAUGGUGGCACAGGUCUCCCCCCAGAAGACUGCAGUGUGUCCUCACUUACUAAAGCUUCAGUGGUAGAGGAUGGGGGACGGAGCUGGCUGAGGAAGUCUUACCAGAGGAUGAAGGAAGAAGCCGAGAGGCAGAACAGACAUUUUGAAGACAUCGUGGCUGAAAGAUAUGGGUCAAUGGAAAUAUUUCAGUCGAAAUUAGAAGAAGCUGAAAGAACUGCAUCCACAAAAGAAGAUUGUAAACGAGAGCGGUGGAGAAAACCAACAUGUUCAGAUAAAGCACAAAGUAGUCGAGAAAGUAGAAAACCAGACUGGGUAAAAGAUAAUAAAAGUUCAAGAGAUAGAUGUAGUUCAACAAGUAUGACAAACAGUAUCAAUAAAGAGAAGCUUAGCGGUGAUGAAAAGGGUAAUAGAUCUGAGUCUUCAGAAACAUAUAGAAGACAAUCCAAUCCAAGGCAAAGUCAAGAGUUUUCCUCUCUUGGAAAAAUGAAACCUAAAUUUUUAAGACCCUCCAAUGAUGAAGAACUGUCAUUUCCUAGCAGGGUCAGAAAUUUUGAACCAUCGAGUUCAUCUUCAUUUCCAGUUACUCAGGAUUCUGUGCAUCGUGGUUUUCGAAAACCCACAGAAACCCGCGAAGAAAGUUCAUCAUCACGGAGUCAAUCUGAUGGGAGAGAAGGAGACAGGAAACAUUCAGAUCGACGGCCAGUAGACACCGGUGGCAGUGUGGACUGUGGGCGCAUUUCCGAAGAUACAAGAAGGAAAUCACGGGAAGAAAGCCUGAGCGAUGACUCUGGGGAGAAAGCGCACGUGCAGGACACAAAGUCUUCCUCUGCGCGAGGCGGUCCUGAAGAUGAUUCCGUCCACGUCUUGAGUGUUGAUGAGAAGAACAAACUGGGAGCCAGGAUUAUCAAGGCCGAGAUGAUGGGAAAUACGGAAUUAGCCGAACAACUUAAAGCCCAACUCGAAAAGGCGAAUAGAUUCAAAGAAACUGUAACGCAGAUGCCCUCCAAACACUCUGGGGUGGAGAAUGAAGACCAAGAAGUGGUCCUGGUCAGAACAGACCGGUCGGGAGGAGUGUGGCCUGUGAGCACAGCAGGAAAGCCUCGGGAAUCUACGGGAGGACUAAGGAGGAGGCAGAUGGCUUCAACUCACGAAGAAAAAGAAAGGGUUAGAUACUUUCACGAUGAUGAUGCUCUCAGCCUGAGUGAUUUAGUCAAGAACGAGAAGAUGGGAACUGCAGAAAAUCAGAACAAACUUUUUAUGCGAAUGGCAUCUAAGUUUAUGGGAAGAACAGAUGGAGACCAUUACACCCUGGAUGACAUGUUUGUCUCCAAAGCGGCUGAGAGAGAACGUUUUGGUGAAGAGGAAGAGAACCAGAGGAAAAAAGCCAUUGCCGAACACCAGAGUCUUGCCGCCCAAAUGGAGAAGUGUCUGUAUUGUUUUGACAGCUCUCAGUUUCCCAAGCACCUUAUUGUUGCGAUAGGUGUUAAGGUUUAUUUAUGUUUACCCAGCGUCCGGUCUCUUACUGAGGGACACUGCCUGGUAGUCCCCUUGCAGCACCACAGAGCCGCCACCGUACUGGAUGAAGACAUCUGGGAAGAGAUUCAGAUGUUUAGGAAAUCAUUGGUAAAGAUGUUUGAAGAAAAAGGGUUGGACUGCAUCUUUUUAGAAACUAACAUGAGCAUGAAGAAGCAGUACCAUAUGGUUUACGAGUGCGUUCCUCUCCCGAAGGAAGUGGGUGACAUGGCCCCCAUCUACUUUAAGAAAGCCAUAAUGGAAUCUGACGAAGAAUGGUCUAUGAACAAGAAAUUGAUCGACCUCUCUUCAAAAGAUAUCAGAAAGUCUGUGCCCAGAGGCUUACCUUACUUCUCGGUGGAUUUUGGCCUCCAAGGAGGAUUUGCGCACGUCAUUGAAGAUCAACACAAGUUCCCUCAUUACUUUGGGAAGGAAGUCAUUGGUGGGAUGCUGGAUAUAGAGCCACGGCUGUGGAGGAAAGGGGUCCGGGAGAGCUUCGAGGACCAGAGGAAGAAGGCCCUGCAGUUUGCUCAGUGGUGGAAACCCUUCGAUUUCACCAAAAGUAAAAAAUGUUGAGUCGUGCCCUUCAGUUUUUCCAUGUCUUCUUCAGGUUCCUUUCAGUUUUAUUUCUAUUCUGUCUAAACAACUGACCCUCAGGCCACAGGAAGAGAAAGUCCUAUUCAGGGUCUCGGACAUCUGUGCAUCAGCGGAUUGUUUCCUUUCCUACCUUGUCCUGCCCCUUCCCUGUCACCACCCGGGGGUGGGGGUGGGGCAGGACCGGAUGCCAGCGACCUCGCGUUCCCUCUGCGCCCUUAUGUCUCUGUGUUCUGACCUUCGGUGAAGACGUGGAAGGACUUCCCUGCAGGAUCACUGAGGAGGGACAGCAGGUCCCCACGUCAGAGGGAGGUGGGGCCACUUCACGGUGGGGAGCCCUGGUGACCAGUUCCUCCUGCGUAUUUCAAACUGAAUUGGCAUUUCCAUAAUAAUUGGAACUUCUUUUUGUAGCAUUUUAUAGAAGAGCUCUCCAUUUUCUACCAGUAGCAUAUACAUCACUGCUAUUCUUUUUAUUAAAGGAAGAAUGUUCCGAGAGUAAUAAAGAAAUUAAAUGAAGCAUAA